CUUGGGUGCUGUUCAGUUAGAAAUUUCAUAUCACUUGUCUAUGUUUAAUAACAUUGUGUGGGUGUGUGUAAAACAUAUGCUUGGACAUAACUAUUUCAAGUUAUUUCAGAUUGUAAAAUCUUGUUUGUUGAAAGUGAAUUAACAAAAUGGCGACAUCUGGAAUUUCUAGAAAUUCUGAUGUGGUUAUGUAUUAUUGUUGUACAAUCUGCAAAACAGAGCGGUCUGUAGAAAUAGAUGCAGAUUUUUACUGUGAAAAAUGUCUUAAAUACUUCUGCAGAACAUGUAUAAACUCCCACAGACAGCAUGGUUGGUGGUUUUAUAAAAAAUAUCCUUAUGGAAAGGAUAAAAUAAGAAAGUGGCCACUUUCUAAGAAGAUGGAGACUUCUCUUUUAAUAUGCAUCAUACACAAGCGUGAAAAGUUAACAAUGUUCUGCCUGGACCACAAUCAUCUGUGCUGCUCUAAAUGUGUUGAGCUUAAUCACAGACUAUGCUUACAAGUAACUCCAUUACCUCAGGCUGCCAGAGGGAAGUCAACCAACUUCAAGAAUCUGUCUUUCAGAACGGAAAAUACUCUUUCACAAAUGAAACAAUGUCAGACAUAUCAGGAGGACAGAAUGAAGUCUCUGAAGGUUUCAUACAAAAAUUAUGAGAGGCUUAUUGUGGAUGGUUUGCGUGUGAAUAUAAUAUCGUAUUUACGCGAAUGUGAAACCAGCACAGUUAAUACAACACAUGAACAUAUGCAAUACCCUAUCAGUGAAAUGCGUGAGGGAAUCAAAAAUUUAUUAGCAGAUUUUGAGCAAAGCACUAUUAAGGAGAAGAAAGAAGAGCUAAACCUGAAACAAGCUACUCUCAAGGUUGUGAGAAACAGCUGCAUUAGACUUCACUAUGAAUUGUUCCAUCUCCAUGUAGCCAUACCGAAAGUACUGGGUAAACCUGAACUCUCUUUUAUUGCCAGUAAAAAAUGUCUGGAAAAUAUACAACAAUCUGAUAUAUUCAUAAAAGAGAACUUUUCAAACCAUGUUUUCACUGUGAAUGGGAAGUCUGUGCACAAUGUAAAAAUGCCAAGUGAUUCAGACACAUGCAUGAUAGAAGCAGUAUGUGCUCUUCCAAAUGGACAGGUCCUGGUUGCAGAUAGCAAAAAUAAAAAUGUCAAGCUUCUGAACCAACAGUACCGUGUGGUGAGCCACUUGGAUGUGAGGGAUGGACUCGUAUGGGACAUUUGUCUUAUCACACCCACUGAGGUUGCAGUGGCUAUGUAUGAUAAGGUCCAGUUUAUCACAGUAAGCCAGAGCCAACUCGCAAAAGGCAGGAAGCUUAAGUUACAACAUUAUUGUACAGGUAUUGCCCACAACCAGGGUGACCUAUAUAUCUGCUCUGAUACUGCUCUGUACAAGUUCACAUUGAGUAGCGAACUGGUCUGCAGACUUUAUGAAGAUUCAUCAGCUGAUUUCACAGUAUACAAGUGUGCUGUGAGUCCCACAGGAGACAGGCUGUACAUCAUCAGCUGGUACCAGAACAAGCUUCUCACCCUGGCCAGGGAUGGCACACGCCUGGCUACAUACACAGACCCAGCACUACAUGGCCCAUCUGGUCUACAUGUGACCCCUGCAGGCCAGGUGCUGGUCUGUGGAUACCUGUCCCACACUGUACUACAGGUGGGCUCGGAGGGAGAGAGUAAGCUGGCUACUCUGGCUACUCAGGAGAGGGAUGGAGUGAGCUGGCCACAGUCAGUCUGCUACAGCAGCACCACAUCAUCAAUCAUUGUGGGACUGUGGGGGGACAACAUCCUGGUGUUCAGAGUGGAAUAGUGUGUACAUUCGCUGCUGAGUCAGGACAACGAUGCUGAGGAUGUGGUGGACAAGGUGACCUGACUACGCAGAAGGACAGCACCACCAUUGAUAUCGAGUUGGCCCAGCAACAGCACCAGUCCGGCCUGCAGGAGCCCCAGUCCAGGACGACCCAUCCACUCCCCUGACCCAUAACUCAUCAUACUUGAUAUCCGGAAAAAUGGGGCCUUAUGCAUGUGCUUAAAUUGUUGUCACAGAUAAGCCUAUGCAGUUUGCACAGGCUAAUAAUGGACAACAUUUUCCUCUUAAAGCAGAGCACCAGCAUUGAUAUCGAGUUGGCCCAGCAACCGCACCAGUCCCGCCUGCAGGAGCCCCAGUCCAGAACGACCCUUCCCCUCCCUUGACUUCUAGCUCCUCUCCCUUGACCGCCUGCCUCAAAAAGUCAGCAUCGUUGAACAACUCCGUUCUGCAGCAAAUUCUGAGCAUGAUUCUGUUCUGAACAAACGCAAUGCCCACGUCACGUUUUCCAAACAUAAGCCUGGGUAGUUUUGUUAAGCUAGAGUUCCACGUGGGCCUGAAAGGGACGAGUGUUACAGACACAAACAGUUAUAGCAGUAGUUAUGGUAACGCUAACAGUCAGUUGUUGCUGUUGGACAUCACAACAAAUAUCAUGAAGAAUAAAAAUUUCAAUAAGUUGUUCCAAUCUUUAUGGGACAAACAGAAAUUGAACGGAAGAAAAUCAAGGAACAAUAAAAGCGUAAGCUUUCCUAGUGGGAUACAUCUGCUGUUGAUAGUUUGGACAACAGUAGGGUUGCGGACUGCCCCAGAUUGUCCUCUCAGCGGCCAAAAUAUCAUAAUAGAACGGACUUUUGGCAAUGUUACUGACACAGAAAGGCAAUAAUGACUUGGUUGUCAAUACCCAGAGCACGAUACAUCCAUGCUGACAAAGAAAGGCAGUAAUGACUUGGUUGUGAACACCCAGAGCGCCAUACAUCCAUGCUGACACAGUAAGGCAGUAAUGACUUGGUUGUGAACACCCAGAGCACAAUACAUCCAUGCUGACACAGAAAGGCAGUAAUGACUUGGUUGUGAACACCCAGAGCACAAUACAUCCAUGCUGACACAGAAAGGCAGUAUGACUUGGCUGUGAACACAAUACACCCAUGCUGACACAGAAAGGCAGUAAUGACUUGGUUGUGAACACCCAGAGCAAGAUAUUUCCAUGCUGACACAGAAAGGCAGUAAUGACUAUGCUGUGAACACCUUGAGCAAGAUAUAUCCUUGCUAACACAGAAAGGCAGUAAUGACUAUGCUGUGAACACCCGGAGCAUAAUACAUCCAUGCUGACACAAAGUUAGUAAUGACUAUGCUGUAUACACCCGGAACACAAUACAUCCAUGCUGACACAGAAAGGCAGUAAUGACUUGGUUGUGAACACCCAGAGCACAAUACAUCCAUGCUGACAAAGAAAGGCAGUAAUGACUUGGCUAUGAACACAUAACACGAUACACCCAUGCUGACACAGAAAGGCAGUAAUGACUUGGCUGUGAACACAGAGCACAAUACAUCCAUGCUGAAACAGAAAGGCAGUCAUGACUAUGCUGUGAACACCCAGAGCACGAUAUAUCCACGCAUACGCAGAAAGGCAGUAAUGACAAUGCUGUGAACACCCAGAGCAAGAUAUAUCCAUGCUGACACAGAAAGGCAGUAAUGGCUAUGCUGUGAACACCCAGAGCAAGAUAUAUGGAUGCUGACACAGAAAGGCAGUAAUAACUAUGCUGUGAACACUCAGAGCACAAUACAUUCAUGGUGACACAGAAAGGCAGUAAUGACUUGGUUGUGAACACCCAGAGCAAGAUAUAUCCAUGCUGACACAGAAAGGCAGUAAUGACUUGGCUGUGAACACAGAACACGAUGCACCCAUGCUGACACAGAAAGGCAGAUAUGACUUGGCUGUGAACACAGAGCACAAUACAUCCAUGCUGACACAGAAAGGCAGUUAUGACUUGGUUGUGAACACAGAGCACAAUACAUCCUUGUUGACAUAGAAAGGUAGUAAUGACUUUGCUGUGAACUCAGAGCACGAUACAUCCAUGCUGACACAGAAAGGCAGUAAUGACUUGGAUGUAAAUACCCAGAGCACAAUACAUCCAUGCUGACACAGAAAGGCAGUAAUGACUUUGCUGUGAACUCAGAGCACGAUACAUCCAUGCUGAGACAGAAAGGCAGUAAUGACUUGGAUGUAAACACCCAGAGCACAAUACAUCCAUGCUGACACAGAAAGGCAGUAAUGACUUUGUUGUAAACACUAAGAGAUCCAUACAUCCAUGGGGUGUGCAACAGACGCAAAUUACGCCCACUAUUUUGAACAAGGUGCUUAAAGUGAACACGUCUAGUUUCUGUUAUGAACACUUUGCACUCCGAGUCCAAAAGGCCUCGCAUUGAAUUGAUGUGAGAAAAGGCUUUGAAAAAUAACAGCAGUUUUGUUGUGUGGUCCAAUACGCCCUUCGACUCUCAACCUGAAGAAAUCAAAACUCAAACUCGUCUCUUAGCAAUAUCAGCAAGGCCAGCAUGUCAUCUCAGCUUCUUGAACUUCAGUGAACUUAACUAGCAAACAUGACAAACGUCAUUGAAGUGAAAGUCGAUGGCAACCCCCUUCUUGCACAAAUACUACAAUUGCUUAAGAAAUUCAGCACGAAGACGUCUUGCGUCAGACUACCAAGCCUCCUAGCAAUAUCUUCUCCCAUGUUGGCUACAUCAACACUUACAACAGCAGAGCCUUGGUGAGUUCGACUUCCGUCUCGGCAUCGAUGUCGCUUAGCAACAAUUGGAUGAUGGGCGUCGACAAAUUAGGCCGGACAAGUCGCUCAAACUGAAAUGAUCUGAUCCAACAGGUAGAGCAGGCGUUGCGUGACACGUCCGUUAAUGUGACUGACCUUGAUAUGUUGUUCUCUAAUAAUGUGAACCUUAGGCCUGGAGAGCAGUAUGCGAUUGACGCCAUUCAACAACAGUUGUUGUCGGCAAUUCUCGGGUUUGGGGUGGCGACUUCAGCGUCAGGACUUGCUCCAUCUCUGUCUAUGGCCCAGUCCCAGCAGCAGCAGCAACAAGAACAAUAAGUAGUAUCUUAGCGGUGUUCUGGGAUAUGCGGCUUCAUGUAUGUGCUUAAAUUGUCAUCCCAGAUUAGCCUGUGCAGACUGCACCUACAUUAAGUCCUAUUAAAUUGUCAUCCCAGAUUAGCCUGUGCAGACUGCACAUACAUUAAGUUCUAUUAAAUUAUCAUCCCAGAUUAGCCUGUGCAGACUGCACCUACAUUAAGUCCUAUUAAAUUGUCAUCCCAGAUUAGCCUGUGCAGACUGCACAUACAUUAAGUUCUAUUAAAUUGUCAUCCCAGAUUAGCCUGUGCAGACUGCACAUACAUUUAGUCCUAUUAAAUUGUUAUCCCAGAUUAGCCUGUGCAGACUGCACAUACAUUAAGUCCUAUUAAAGUGUCAUCCCAGAUUAGCCUGUGCAGACUGCACGUACAUAAAGUCCUAUUAAAGUGUCAUCUCAGAUUAGCCUGUGCAGACUGCACAUACAUUUAGUCCUAUUAAAGUGUCAUCCCAUAUUAGCCUGUGCAGACUGCACAUACAUUAAGCCCUAUUUUCCCAGAAUGAGGCUCGUAUACUUCACUUAACAUCAGUAUUUUAUGUGCCUGAAAAGUUCCUAGCAUCAAGUGGGAAUUAUGUGCUUUUAGAUUGAUCACACUUAAAAUGCAAAUAGCACUUGAUCUGAUAUCAAUUUUAAUCAUAGAAGGUCAGGAGUGGCAUUCCAGAAGCAUCUUAAGUUAAAUUUUAUUUUUACCCUUAAAUUGGGAAUUUUUCUUCAGUGUUUUAUUUCAUACUGCAAUAGUUAGGCAUCGAAAAUUACAUCAAAAUAACAUCAUUAUGUCAAUGUUAUUUGAGAGUUACCAAAAAAACAUGCAUGUCUUUAUUGAGUAAAGAAAUACAAAACAUUGUAUUUUUUAACUUAAGUGAAAAUAUUUAAGAAAUGACUUAAGAUGUUUCUGGAAUACCACCCAUGGGCAUUAAGUUUUGUAUAUUUUCAACCGAAAUCCAGCCCCUGAACCAAAAGUUUAUCCUUGCAGAAAAAUCUGCUUUAAUAAAAUUGUAAAAAUUAUAUUUAAUUUUAGAAAAAUAAUUAUGUAAAAGCCUUCAGCUCAUUUCAAUUUUUUUUUUCUUCAUUUAUUUUCAAUAAUUAUUUAAAUUUCUGGAUUUUGUUUUAAAAGCCUGUUCCUACAGGAACCCAUGCAAUCAUAGAUCGGUACCUAGCUGAACAACAGGCUGUCUGGUCAGCUGGGCCCAGGGCCCAGUGACACUUCCUGGCCCAGGACCUUGGGGCCAAUGCUCAACUAGUCCUACCCGCAAGGUGGAGCCACACUGAACCUGGGGCUCCAUACUUUCUUGGCCAGUGGCCAAGAUAGCCUCGUCAAUUAGGGACACAUUCCUGGGAUGCCCUAAGGUCUUUCUAUCUGUUCACAGAAGUCUUAUACUCACAAGUUCAAGCCCAGAAGCGAUGUCCACAUUAUCAAACUCUGCAUCUCAAUAGAAACCCGGAUAGCAAGGCGUUGAGUUUGUUCUUGAAGCAUUUGCACCUUAAGCAGUCAUCAUCUUGAUAUUCUGGAAUCUCCAUGGUGAAGGACCCUCAGUCUGUGAACAAAAUGCAGAGCGAACCUCAGAUGCCUUUUGACGAAAUCAAAUCAUCCAGUCAGAAACACAGACUGUUGCAGCAGUUGUGACCAUAUUGACCCCAGUCAAACCUAAGAAGCUCAGAGAUAAAUACUGAUUUAGUUCUGCUAGUCUCUACAUACCGCCUGGAUUGGUCAGCACUUACUCUGACUCUUUGAAUAUUAUGACCGAUGGAAAUGAAUGACCUUGUUCAAAUCGAAAUGGCAGAAUGACACAUCACAAGAAUUCAAGCGGAAAGCCAGAAAGUCAUGUCAAUAGCCACAUUUUUUAUGGCACCAGCCAAGUUGUAUUCAAAGACAAACAAUAGUUUAUGCUCUAUUGUGUAUGUGACCAGCCAAGUUGUAUUCAAAGAAAAACAAUAGUUGACGUUUUAUUUUCUAUGUGACCAACCAAUUUGUUUGUAUAGGUCCCUGGUUUAACAAAGCAUUUAAAGUAAUUUUAAAAGCACACAUAUUGCAUGUCUAUUCAAUGUCUUUGCCUGUAUUAUGAAACUUUCACUACAGAUAUUGAUCCUGAUGAUGGUAAAUAAAUGGGAAAUACAAUGUUAUCAAAGAUUUUUUAAGAUUGCCAAAGCUGUUUAAAUGAUGCUGGUAACUGGAAAAAAAAAUAUUGGAAUAUUUUCAUGUUAUAAGACGAGUUUCAGUUGUCUGUUUUUAACCCGUUAAUAUAGAUAAGCUAAUUUAAAAUAUUUGUUCAGAAAGGUGUAAAAUGUUUACGCUUCAGAUUUUUGUCUAUCAACCUUCUGAAAACAAUACUAGUCAAUUGGCUCAUUUGGGUCGGUAUUCGAUCAUGAAUCUUUUUUAGUAGCAUACUAUGUAUUUCAUGGGAAUAUAAAUAAAUUAUGUGCAAAAUUAUUUAAUCUACCUAAAAUAAUCGAUUCUGUAUUUACUACUAGUACUUUGUUGAUUUCAGUGGAUAUUGUUUGUUAAAUGAUUAGAGUAUGACUCUUGUUGAAAAGCUUUAAAUGAAACUGAAUUAAAAAAUAAAUAUUUAAUUUGUUUUAGAGUUUUAUGAAAAAUGGCAAAAUAUUGUUAAGUUGUGUUGUUUUAUCAUAUACUAACAUGGUCAUAAGUGUUAAAAUUUGUUUUCAGACAUAAUAGUUUAUUAUGCUUUAUAUUUGUAUAUGUACAUAACGACGACCAGAUUGUAUCCUCUUUAAUCAGUGAGUAAUUUAAUCAAGAUUUAUUGAUCACUGUAUCAAGUGUAUAUGUAUAUUUUGCAAUAUAUACAUAUAGCAACUGUAAAACAAUUGUAUUUUAAAUGUAAUGUAUUCAUGUAUUGUUGCCAUUUUUAUAAGAUAAACUCACUGUAAACAUUAAUUUGUACAAACCAUUGUUAUAAAAAACAUUUCUUGUGUCAAUGCUAAAAUAUGUAUUAAACUGUUAAAAUAAUGUACAGUAACAACUUCUGAAGAGGAAAAUAUUCUUAAGGCAAUAGAAACACAUUGUUAUAUGAAAUGCUUUUUAUUAAGAACACCUACUUAAAAUUUGUUUAAUUUUGUUUUAGAUUAUCUGAAGAAAAAAUAGUACCAUGUAAUUUGAAAUCAGUCAAUGACAAAUUAAGGGAGUGUUGCCAUAUGCUAACAAUAGUCAAGAAAUGAAAUUGUCUCUAUUAGUAAUACAACAGAGCAAUACAAUUUGCUUAAACAAGAGCACCGCAUAAAGGGUGCCACGCUCGGCUACGGGUGCAGUUUUGAAUAAAUGAAAGCUUGUCUGAAUUUAUUUUAGAGGUCACAGUGACUUGACCAUUGACCUAGUGACCCCAAAACGGGUGUGGUGUGUAGAACUCAUCAAGGUGCAUCUACAUAUGAAGUUUGAAAGUAGUAGUUGGAAGCACUUUGAUUUUAGAGCCAAUGUUAAGAUUUUAGCACGACGCGGACGGCGGACGACACGACGAUCUGUAUGACAAUACCUCGAAUUUUCUCCGAAAAUACCGAGCUAAAAAUAAAAACUAAGAUGUUUGCUUUGCAAUUU